GAUGUAGCAUACAAAAAUCAUAUCCUGCACGCGAAGCAAAAAUGUGUUCCUUGCCCCUCUUCCCCACUCCUCCUGCUCCUCCUCUACGCCGAUUCAAAUCCAUAUCCCUAAGCUCCUCCCGCCAUUUUCCUUCCACUCCUCUCUAUUCCUCCUCUUCCCCCUACUCUCCCGAUGAAGUCCCCAUCGACGAAGAGUUCCUUAAGAAGUACACCCCCAAGGUACAGGAAUCCGAGGAGGAAGCCCGUCGCCGCGACUGGAUCGAGCGCGGUUGGGCUCCGUGGGAAGAGAUCCUCACUCCCGAGGCUGAUUUCGCCCGCAAGAGCCUCAACGAAGGGGAAGAAGUCCCUCUUCGCACCCCCGAGGCCCUUGAGGCCUUCAAGAUGCUCAAGCCUUCCUACCGACGUAAGAAAAUGGAGGAGAGUGGGCUCUCCGAGGAGGAGUUGCUAGCACAGCAGUUCGCCAUCAAGGGGGAGAUUCCUGAGCCCAUUGAGACGACCUGGGCAGGGGGUGUGGUGGCUGUGAGGGCGGUGCCUCCGAGGGAUUGGCCGCCAAGAGAUUGGGAGGUAGACGCUGAGGAGCUGGAGUUCAUUCGUGGCGCACAUAAGCUGGAGGCUGAAAGAGCGGAUUUGGAAGGGGAGAUUAGGACUGAUGUUGAUUCCAUGUGUGUGGAGAGGUAUAAGGUUUUUCUGAAGCAGUAUAAGGAGUGGGUGGUUGCUAAUAGAAAGAGGUUGGAGGAAGAAUCCUAUAAGUUUGACCAAGAUUACUAUCCAGGUAGAAGGAAACGAGGCAAAGACUACAAAGAUGACAUGUUUGAGCUUCCUUACAUAUAUCCUGGACAGAUCUGUAGAGGCAAAGUGACAACUUUACACCUUUACCAGGGAGCUUUUGUUGACAUUGGAUGCGUUCAUGAUGGUUGGGUUCCAAUAAAGGGAAAUGACUGGUAUUGGAUUCGACACCAUAUAAAAGUUGGCAUGUAUGUGUUUGUGGAAGUUCUGGCUAAAAGAGAUCCUUAUCGUUUCCGCUUUCCUAUUGAAUUGCGUUUCCUCGAUCCUAAUAUUGAUCACCUGAUAUUCAAUAGGUUUGAUUUUCCACCGAUUUUUCAUCGUGAAGAGGAUAUAAAUCCCGAACUCUUAUGGCGGGAGUGUGGAAGGCCACCCAUUCCUAGGAGAAGACCUACAGGCAAGAUCGAAGAUCAGCCUCUAUUAUCAGAUCACCCUUAUGUUGACAAGUUAUGGCAGCUACAUGUUGCGGAGCAAAUGAUCAUAGAUGAUGAAGAGGCAAAUCCUGGAAAGUACAUGGACAAGAAAUUCAUUGAGGAUACGCCUUUUGAUGAAGAGAACAGCAUUCAAUACUCACAAUCAUACUACGAGAAGGCUUUACUUCCAGUGACUAUAUUGAAUACAAAUUUGAAAGAGCUUGACUUGGAUGCUGCUCGAGCAGAGCAUCAGCAUAACAAAAAACUAUGGAAGGAAGCUAAAGAGAGAGGAGAAGAAUUUACUGUAAGUAAGAUGAGACGAAAUAGAGAAAUGGAUGAGUACGACUUAAUGCAUUGGCGACGGUCCUUGGAAGAGAGAGAGGCGCUGGUUAGAGACAUUAGUAUACGGAAGGCUCUUGGUCUACCAGUGGAGGAGCCUGGAAGACAUGAUGUAAAUCCUGCGCUUUGGAAGGACAAGUAUGAUCCCACCAAUCCUCUGUACAGGUAUGACUAUUGGGGGGAGCCCAAGAACUCUGAGGAGAGCCGGCAGCAAAGAAUGACUGAAGACCACAACAGAUCCAUCGUUGGAAAAGGCACAGUUUGGUAUGAGAUGUCUUAUGAAGAAGCCAUCGAACAAAGGAUGCGUAGGGAAGCUAGAGUGAAGAAUAUGCCUAAAGAGAUGAAGGAUGCGGAAGAGGAGGAUGAUGAAGACGACGACGAUCUAGAUUUUGAUUUUAGCAUCUUAAGCAAUUCAGACAACACUUGUGCUGAAAAACCAGUUGUUAAUGGCACUGAAUCCCCUGGAAUGUCGGAUGAGGGUGUGUUUGACAAUUAGUCAGCAGCACUUCUUGUAGCCUAUUAGUGUCUGCUGCAUGUAUAAAUUGCACGUGAUUGAGAAAUCUAUAAUUGCGCACCAGUGCCUAUUUCUUUUCUA